CAUCAUUCAGUUUGCGGCCAGUUACCAGAGCAGGCGCCUACCACAACGCAUCGCCAUCUGGCUGAAAGGCUCACAGGCUCUCAGGCUCUUAGGCUCUUAGGCUCACAGGCUGUGGGGCCAGUAAAUACAACAAACAAACCCCCAACGUAAAGCAAUCGAAACCUGUGACCACUUGUCACACAUGCUCGGCGGAAAGUAACCCAAAGUGCCAGUGACAGUUCUGGGUAUUGUGUGUGGGGCACCGGGGGGCUCUCCUCAGGCCCGGCUGGGGCAUCGAAUUGUAGCGGAGUUCGCGUGUGCGUGUUUCGAUUUCGUGGCACUACUAAAACCGAUACAAAACUCCAUUUAUGUGAGACCUGACUUCUGAAAGAGGUCCUGUGCCUGUGCCUGUGCCGUUGGCUGUAAGGCGGCGUCUUGUACGUGUUCUGUGCGCCGCUCUGCUGGCCAAAAGAAACCAAAACGUGCGGCAAAUUGCGGCCAGUUGGCGGCAGAAACUGCUGCUGGGCGGGGAAAUCAAAAAAGCAAAAGAAGGAAAUUCCAAUUUAACAAAUCGAUUUCGGGGCUUUUUUAUAGUCCAAGGCGGACAGUCGUAUAAAUAGAGCCAGUGACAGGCUAAUGACAAAUUAAAUUGUUUGAACAGUAGAAAAAGAAGGAAAAGCGGCCGCGGGCAUUACAAAAUUACGAAGCGCGCGUGUGAAAACUUUGAGCUGUUAUCGGCCAAAACAACAGCAACAAUAAACUGCGAUAAAAGCAACAAAACAAACGGGAAAAAGUUUCUUUAUUUUUGGUUUUAUUCGAAGAGUCGCCCCCGAAACGCCCAGCGCCACAUUGCCACACGGCCACACGGCCACAGGGCGACCAUCAAACAGCAGAACGCAAAUCAAGAACGACAAUGACGGCGUCGCGGCUCCCGGGCUCAUCCUGCUGCGGCGCAAUGCCACCACUCGUCCUGCCGGCCCUCCAUCAGAUCCGGACGCACCGAGCGUGUUGAGCAAUUUCCCCGGCGACGACUGUUGUGCGCCCGAGCGCUGAAUCGAGGCUCUGCGAGCAACUCAAACAGAGAGACACGUACCGGAAGAGGUGCCCCCGUGAGGAUUGGGCAAUGGAGUGGUGGAGCCCCGUUGUAGCUCCGGUCUCCGGCUCGGUGCGAUGUCGAGAAUAAGGACCAACUUCCCGGUCCCGUGGUUUGCAUUGCAGAUUGCAAUUAUUCGCGUUUUAAAUUACGCGCACAGUUUGUCAAAGAUAAACUUGGCGGCACAGCCACGACGACGGGAGAUCAUUAUGUUCAGAGCAAUGGAAAGGACUUUAAUAAGCAACGUUUUAAUCAGAGUGCCGGGCGUUAAGUGACCGCGAAAUGAGCGACAUGUCAAGGACCAAAGUUUCUGAUUUCCUCAGCACCAGCAGCAGCAGCAGCGGCGGCAGCAGCAGCAGCACUGCCAUCAGUCGAACGACAAUGACAUUAGCUGCAACAUCAUCAUCAGCAACAGCAGCAACAGCAACGGCAACGGCAACGAGCAGGCCCACGAAAUCGAUUGCAACAUUCGUGGCAGGUAGCGCCGUCUUUAAUGCCACGGUCACAACAACGGCCACAGCCUCAAAGAGUAGCGGCAACCUUCUGCUAACAACGGCCACGCUAACAGCCUCCACGGGGUCUGCAACAACGACGACGACGAGUUUGCCUACAACAUCGCAAUUUGUAGAUGGCUCGUUGACUUCGCUUUCAUUAAGAGCCACAUCGACAGCCUCAAUAUCAUCAUCGUCCGUUGGAGCUGGAGCUGGGGCUGGCGCUGCAGCUGUCACUGGCACUGGAGCCCUGUGGUCCUCCGAGUCCCCGUUUGAGCUGUUCCCAACAGUUGGGGCAAACAUAACAGCCAAUAUCAGCAGCAUCCUCGAGCAGGGCGAGGGACAGUUGGAGGAGAGCUGGGUGGAUCUAUCGGUGCUGCUCCUCAAAGGAUUCAUCUUCUCGUCAAUUAUCCUGGCCGCAGUCCUCGGAAAUGCUUUGGUUAUCAUCUCCGUACAGCGCAAUCGCAAGCUGAGGGUGAUAACCAAUUACUUUGUGGUGUCGCUGGCCAUGGCGGACAUGUUGGUGGCCCUCUGUGCGAUGACAUUCAACGCGUCCGUGGAGCUGUCCGGCGGCAAGUGGAUGUUCGGGCCGUUCAUGUGCAACGUGUACAACAGCCUCGAUGUUUACUUCUCCACGGCGAGCAUCCUGCACCUCUGCUGCAUCUCCGUCGACAGAUACUAUGCCAUUGUGCGUCCGCUGGAGUAUCCAUUGAAUAUGACGCACAAAACGGUCUGCUUUAUGCUGGCCAAUGUCUGGAUACUGCCCGCCCUCAUCUCGUUCACGCCCAUCUUCCUGGGCUGGUACACGACGGAGGAGCAUCUGCGGGAGAUAUCGAUGCACCCGGACCAGUGCUCAUUUGUGGUCAACAAGGCCUAUGCCCUCAUCUCCAGUUCGGUGAGCUUCUGGAUACCCGGCAUCGUGAUGCUGGUGAUGUAUUGGCGCAUCUUCAAGGAGGCUGUGCGGCAGCGCAAGGCCCUCAGCCGCACCAGCUCCAACAUCCUGCUGAACAGCGUGCACAUGGGCCACGCCCAGCAGCCCACCAACCUGAGCUAUCUGCAUCCGAGCGACUGCGAUCUAAAUGUGGCAUCCACGCGCGAGGAGACGCACAGUGCACUGAGCAACUUGGAGGACAUGCUGCAGCCGGCCACGGAUGAGGACGACGACAAGGACGAGUGCGAGUGCGAUGAACUGCGCGUGCCCUCACCACCGCCGCGGCGCCUCAGCCGCAGCAGCAUCGAUCUGCGUGACCUGGAGCAGGAGCGCUACGAAAAGGUCACGCACACGGACAGCGCCCCCUCGAUGAUGGCGCUGCAGCAGCAGCAGCCCUCGCACAAUCACAACCAGCUGCAGCCGCCAGCGCCUGUGUUCAAUCCACAGAUAUGGACGGAGUCCUUUCCGACCGCAAAAGUUACCCAAGUGGAGGGGCCGGAGACGCAGCCGGACGAAGAGCAGGAGCAGGAGCCAGAGCAGCUGCAGCAUCCGGCGCUACCGCAGCAGCAGCUGAGCCUGACGAGCGGCAGUGGCAACAGCGAGCCGGAGCCGGAGUCCACGGCCUACCGGGUCUUCGGGCUGCACAGCGACGAGAGCGAGAGCAACGACCUCUAUGACACGCACUUGCCGCUGGCCGAGGACAACAAGGAGCUGAAGCGCCUCAUCGAGGACAACUAUCUGUACUUCAAGAAGCAGACGGGCGGCACGGUCAUCAGUGCACCGGGGGGCGGCAAGUACGCCGCUCUCAGCGAGACGGACUUCAUCAGGCUGAAGGCGGGGGCGGCGGCCUGUGGACGGAAGGCGAUUGCCGCCAGCGACUCGGAAUUCCUGCGCACGAUCAGCGAGGCCAGGGCCAGCACGGAGCAGCCGAUGCCCGGCAAGGAGAAGGGCUUCAACUUCCUCUCGCUGCUGGCCAAGACGAAGCGCUCCAGUGCCGAGUGCUUCGCCCUGGAGCGGAAGCGGAACCAGGCCACCUCGGAGGGGUCCAGCUUCUUCCGGCGCGCCCGCAACCGGAAGCUCUCGCACAGCUACAACGGAAGCGCUGGCGGCGGCGGCAAGGAACGCAAACUUGAGCGACGCCAGCGGCAGCACAGCGACACCGACUCGACGCCCAACAAGCCGGACAUCCUGCUGGACAUCAACGUCCUCAGCGAGCAGAGCGGGGCCUGCGUCAUCCAGCAGUUCAGCGAUGGCGUGCAGCUGAUCGACUUCAGCGGCGACACUGACGGACUCGGACUCGGAGUCGGCAUCGGCCUAGGCAUCGGGGGCCCGGGGGAUGAGCUGGCCCAGCUGGCUGACUGCUUUGGGGAGUCCCCCAAGCAUCCGGCCACGCCGCCGCCCUCCCUCUCGCCGCCGGAGCUGCCGGAGCAGAGCGGCAUGCUGAUUGCCAACAGCUCGGAGCUGGCCGAGAUCUUCCGCUCGCUCAGCUUUCCGCUGGGCGAACAGGGGCGAUGCGGCGGCUCCAGGUGCCAGGCGACGGCCCCCCAGCGAAUGAGCACGCUGAGCGAUCAGGUGUGCGCCAACUAUCUGAUGUCCCCACCGAACACUCCACCGGCCACCGCGGGCACGUCCGCCUCCAAUGGCAACGCCAUGGGCUCCUCCAACUCGCAGUCGGCGUCCAUCAAUGUGUACUUCCUGUCGCCGCCGCCGCCGCCGCAUGCGGCCGGACCCGGCUAUACGCCAAGCGACACCUCCACAGUAUCGCUGGAUGUGGUCACCACGCUGCCGGUGCCCCAGCCCCAGCCCCAGCCCAACCCCCAGCCGCAGCAGCAACCCCCCCUCAACAUAUCCCCAAAGCCAGAAAUAAUCCUCGACUCGACGCUAUCCCCCGGGGAGGGCGGAUGCGACGGCCUGGGCGGCGAGCCCAGGGAUGUCACGUCCCCGCUGUUCAAGCGCAAAGAUAGCUCCGGAGAUGCGGAUGUGAGCGUUUCCGGCGGCCGUCAACGCUGCAGCAUCCUGGCCGGCUACGAUGGCCUGCAGACCGUGAGGAAGCGACAGGCCUCUGUGGUGACCUAUGACGUCAAUGUCAUAAAUUUCUCGCAGGAUAACAGCGACAGUCGCAGCUACAUUCCCAUGGGUCGCGUCUCUACCAGUUCUGCAAAGCACGAAUUUUCCAAUAAAUCCUCGCUCAUCCGACGCGGUGGCAUCUGCAUCUUUGUGGAUGAGGAGGAGGCCGAGAUCAGCGAACAGAAGCCGCGCGGCAUCAAGUUUGCCCCGGUGUCCAGCCCGCUGCCCAAGUGUCCGCUCUGUGGGAGCGACAUCAGCACCGCCAACGCCAAUGCCACCGCCACCGGCACCACAACCAACUCCACUGACACAACCGCCAAUGCAAGUAGUAAACGUAGUAGUCACGCCCAAGCUCCAGAUCUUGACCAGGAGCCCACACGCUUCUGGCACAAACGUACGGCGGCGGUCACGGCAUGCUGGCAGCAGAGGCAGCGCCAUCGGAGGCGCCGCUCCCAAGCCGGAUGCAGUCACUGUGGUGCAACCGGCGGCUCUGUGCGGCCGGCAAAGGGAUGGAAGGCCGAGCACAAGGCCGCACGAACUUUGGGCAUCAUCAUGGGCGUCUUUCUGCUCUGCUGGCUGCCCUUCUUUCUAUGGUAUGUCAUCACCUCGCUCUGCGGCCCGGCCUGCCCCUGUCCCGAUGUGGUUGUGGUGGUGCUCUUCUGGAUCGGUUACUUCAACUCGACGCUGAAUCCGCUUAUCUACGCCUACUUUAAUCGGGAUUUCCGUGAGGCAUUUCGCAAUACGCUGGAGUGUGUGCUACCGUGUCUGGAGAAGCGAAAUCCCUACAAUGCGUACUACGUCUAGACCGGAUAUACAACUCCGCCUCCCCACCCAACCCCCAACCCAAGCCCAACCCCAAACCCAUACCCCCCAAUUCAAUAUUGAACAAUGCCCCUGUAAGUGAUAUUUAAUACUUGAGAAACUCGUAAUACCAAAAAAAAUAAGCAUGGAAAAAGCAAGUGGAAAACAAAAGGCGUUCGUGCAAGCAUCUCUAGCUAGUAAAAUCCUUCGAGCUAAGCAAUACUCAAUGUGUGUUUCCGUAUACGUGUAGUUUUUCAUUUAAGCAACGAUAGGGAAUUAAAUAAAAUUUAUGUUCUGUGCGCCCCAUUGGUGCGACCACUCGGACGUACUGGGAGAGCGCCGCUGCCCCAGAACUACACUAAACAUACUUACAUAGUAUAUAUAUAAGUGUUGUUGUCUCAAGAACAAGAUAUACGUAAACAUAUAUACAGAUACAAUGCUAUAUACCAUACAAUAUACAUAUACUAUAUAGGAAAGCCAAGCAAUUGGAAAACAAUCAAUGGCUUAUACAUAUGAGAAAAACUUCAGAGUUCAAGUAAAUACGAGUAUAUUUAAGAAGCAACGAUUGUCUCUUCGGCGUUUCGAAGGGUUUAUACUUUUUUCGGGAAAUGUUUUGAUCAAAACUGUCCUUCUGCUAUUUCGAAAAAAUCUCUCUUUAUUCAGUAUGAAGCGCACUCCAAUCGUCCAAGUCCCCAAGAAAAGAAUAAUGACAAAACACCCCUUACAAUCCAAUCAAAAUUUCCAAGAAAGAGUGUAAACCUACAAUAAAACCCCAUAGCAUUAAGUAUCAUAUAUGUAUGUAGUAUAAUCUAGUGUUCUACAAGCAAACAAAAUCUACAUACUCGAAUUAAAACGAAAUUGAGAAUUAUCUUAUCAUUAAUUAUGCAAUUGAAAUGAAGUAAAAACAAAAACAAAAAAAGGAUAAUGUGAAGAAAACGUGUACGAUGCGAUGCUCCUGAAUUUUCAAGCAGAAUGACAAUCUACCAAAAAGUAAACCACAAAAAAUUAGAAUUGAAAAUUGAAAAUUGACAAGCUGUAGAAAAUGUCGCUAUUCGCUGCAAAAUCGAUUUAGUUGUAGUUACUUUUACAUGUUUUUCAAUUUGGUUGCCGGGAAUCCCCUCUCUUGAGUUGAGAAGACUUUUGUGAUAGCAAAGGAAAUUGAUUGUAUUUCUAGUUGAAUUGUUUUACGUUCGUUGCGUCUAAGGCAAAGCAUCCCGUACAUAACGAGUACCCUAACGAGUAUCUACAUAUGUACUUAAGCAUAUACUAUGUAUGUAUGUACUAUAUAUAGUAUGAUAUGAUGUGUGUCCGUGUGCGUGUGCGUGUGCAUGUUGCUAUGUAUUUCAAUGUACUUGCUGAACUAAACUAUUGCAUAUUAAAGUGUGAAAACAAUUGAAA